UUUUGACUUCUCCCACAUCCAGACCACGGAGCAGCUGCCAAACGGCUGCGUCGGACAGCGGGGUGGCCGAGCCGAGCCCCGCAGCCAGGCCGGGGAGGGUGACAAUCCCCCAGCGGGACGGACACGGCCGAGGGAGCCCCACGGUGACACGAUGGGUGGUGGGAGGGGAGCAGAUCCAUGAAGAUCCUCGGAGCUGGGGCUCAGGGCACGGAGCAAAGCUGCCCCGGCUGAGGCAGAUCCAGAGCGGGAUCAGGGAGUGCCGCGGGCUCCUGCAGGACGUGGAGGCUGUAGGACGAUGCCGGGUGGAGCCGGUGGCCGGGUGCUGCUGCUGCUGAUGUCUCUGUCCUUCAGCUUCGCAGCCGAGGAGCUGCUGUGUGCCUGCGAUGUGCCCCACUGCAGCCAGCCCAACUGCACGGGCAAGGUGUGCUUCGUCAGCAAGAGGAGGGAGGAGGGAACCAUCACCCAGCACCGGGGCUGCUUCUCCCAGAACAUCCUGGAGCACUGCCACACGCCCGUGACGGAACACUACGGCACGAGGUGCUGCAACUUCCACAUGUGCAACGCCGAGCUGGAGAUCUUCCUGCAAGGAGAAGAUGCCCUGGUAAAGACGCCUUCCCUACCCAACCUCCUCCUGAUGAUCUUCGUCCCCCUGCUCUCCCUCCUCGUCCUCGUGGCUCUCACGGCGCUCUUCUGCUGGAAGGUGGCCCAGCACCGCCACAAGCACAGUGACUUUGGUGACACAGACCUCAUGCUGAAGGCAUCCAUGAUGGGAGACAGCACCUUAGAGGACCUGCUGAACGAUGACUGCACCACGGGCAGUGGUUCUGGGCUGCCUUUCCUCGUCCAGCGCACGGUGGCUCGGCAGAUCACCCUCAUGGAGUGUGUGGGUAAAGGGCGCUACGGCGAGGUGUGGCGAGGAGUGUGGCAUGGCGAGAGCGUGGCCGUCAAGAUCUUCUCCUCCCGGGAUGAGCAGUCGUGGUUCCGCGAGACGGAGAUCUACAACACCGUCCUGCUCCGGCACGACAACAUCCUGGGUGAGUGGGGGGCCAGGAGGGCUGGAGGAGUGGGGGUGACCUCGUGGUGGUUCCAGCAUCCCAGGGGUUUCUCCGUUCCAGGUUUCAUCGCCUCUGACAUGACGUCCAGGAACUCCAGCACGCAGCUGUGGCUCAUCACACACUACCACGAGAACGGCUCUCUCUACGACUUCCUGCAGAGGACAGCCCUGGAUGUGGAGACCUGCCUGGGCUUGGCCUCCUCCAUCAUCUGUGGCCUCGUCCACCUCCACGUGGAGAUUUUUGGCACGCAAGGCAAACCUGCCAUCGCCCACCGGGACCUGAAAAGCAGGAACAUCCUGGUGAAAAGCAACCGGCAGUGCUGCAUUGCAGACCUGGGGCUGGCGGUCAUGCACUCGCAGGGCAGCGAUUACCUGGACAUCGGCAACAACCCCCGGGUGGGCACCAAGCGCUACAUGGCCCCGGAGGUGCUGAGCGAGCAGAUCCGCACCGACUGCUUCGAGUCCUACAAGAAAACGGACAUUUGGGCGUACGGGCUGGUGCUGUGGGAGAUCACCCGGCGGACGGUGGUGAACGGUAUCGUGGAGGAGUAUCGGCCGCCCUUCUUCGACGCCGUGCCCAGCGACCCCAGCUUCGAGGACAUGAAGAAGGUGGUGUGUGUGGACCAGCAGACCCCCGUGAUCCCAAACCGCCUCUUCUCCGACUCGGUGCUGUCGGCACUGGCGAAGAUCAUGAAGGAGUGCUGGUACCAGAGCCCCACGGCCCGUCUCACCGCCCUGCGCAUCAAAAAGACCUUGAAAAAGCUGAACAAUUCCGCAGAGAAGCCAAAAGCGGAGCAGUGAGAGCCGGGAACCGGACACCGGAGCCACGGACGGGCUGCACCGGGGACGGGAUGGCUCCGGUCACAGAGGGGAUUUGCUCGCAGCUCUCGCCUCUCCCACCUUCGAGCCGGUUGAAUUUGCAAGCACGGAAAAAAUAGGAAAAAAAAAAACAAAUAGCAAAGGAGGAAUCUUCCACCCGGCCAUAAAAAUAUCCCCUGGAUCCGUCACCCGACACCGGCGCGUCUCGCUGUGCCGCCGGGGAUGGCAGCUGCUCGCCCACCCCGAGUCCCCGGGGUGGUGCCAGGGCGAGGGGCAGCGAUGGCAGAGCCCCCCCUGUGCUGCAGCCUCAGCCCAGUGUCACCCUGAAAACUCCUCGGCAAAGCUGCGGUGCCCGGAGCACCCCUGGCUGAAGGAGGGAGAGGUUUCGCUGGGAAAGGAUGGUCCAAGGGCAGCAUCCCCCUGCUCGGGCCAGAUCCGCACCCCGGAUUGUGGGGAUCCCAAAAAUGAAGAGCUGCUGGUGUCCAGCGUGGCCUGAGCGUUCCACGGGCUGGAUGGGGGUCCCGUGGUGAUCCUUCCUCGCCGAGCAGCCAGCAGCCCCCUUGCCAAAGAACUGUCCUUCUGGCUCUUUGCCAAUAUUUUGGUGUUUUUCGAGGUGUUUUGGCUCGGCUGGCUUCAUCCUGCAUUGCUCCCUGCCAUCCCAAAAUCCACCCCAUGCUUGGAGAUGUUUGGACAUGACCAGGAUGGGACGUUCAGCAGAACCAGCUUUGCCACAUAACUAUUUAAUUAUUAAGAUUUAAUAUAUUUAAUAAAGUGUGAAGCUAUUUUAUCACCUAAGAGCUGCCGAACCUCCCAUGCUGGGCACUGGGCACCACGGCAGGAUGGGCCUGGGCCCAAUUUAUGGCUUUAAAUUACCUCAAUUUAUGGCUUUAAAUUGCCUCAAUUUAUGGCUUCACCUCCACAUCUCCAACAGAACCAUUGGAUCCCAUAAUAAACCCGGCUCCAGCCUC